UCGUGUCGUCUCGUGUCGCUUCGUGUCGACGCUUUGGGCUGCAACUUUGGUCGGACCAACCAAACAAACCAAACAAACCGAGCAAACCGAACCAAACAAUUCAAACAAGCGGAAGAAACCGUCGGAAGGCAAAGCCGUUAAAUAACGCGACGCUUGUAAUAUUUUUUUCGGUGUGCCACCCAGUUUGUUGUUUUUUUUUUUUCUUAAAGCAAACUUUUAAUUGUGUGUCCCGGCCGUUUGUUUUCUUUUGUCGGGGAAAAUGCGCGCGCGCAUUUAAGAGGUGAAACAGCAAUCGCAAUUAAAAGGAAAACUUAAUUCGCAGCUGGUCUAAAAAACAUCUAUGCAUCUUGAACCUGCAACAAGACAACAACAACAGCUGCAGAUACAGAUACAGAACAAGGAACCGAAAAAGUCAACUUGCAACGCAAUCUUUGUUGCUUUUUGGCCCCUGAACUUGGCGGCCCCAAUCCCUUUGGCAGGCGUCGGAAGGCGGAGCCGCUCGGCAGCGGCUGCUGCGGCGGCGCCACCACAUGGACCAUGCCGUGAAGGCGACCCGCGGCCGCCCGCUCAACACGCUGCGCUUCGAGAACGACGAGCUGGAAUGCCUCUACCAGCGGUACACGCUCAAGCUGCAGCGCUUCUCGGUGCUGGGCGUGGUGGCCCUCGUCUUUGUCCUUUGCGGCGUAAUGGCGGCCCUGUCGCUGGCCUUCAAUAAUGCGGCCACCUUUCACAACAUCUUCAAUGCGAUCGUGUGCGGCCUGUUCGCGGUGGUGCUGGUGCUGCUGCAGUGCUCCGUGAUCAAGGACCACCACCUGCCCACGUUGUGCUACGGGAUCCUGCUCUUCACGGCCAGCAUCUGCGUGGUGUCGAUGCCGACGCUGGGCAGCAUGUUCCCGGUGGACACCAAGGAGGUGAUGGCCGAGGGCGUCUGGCAGAUCGUGUUCGUGGUCUUCCUCGCCUACGCCAUGAUGCCGCUGCAGAUCUGGGAGGCGGUGGCCUUUGGCAUCGCACUGCCCUCGGUGCACAUCAGCCUGACGGUCUACAAGAUAUUCACGGAUGCGCUGCGCUACUUGGAGUACAACCAGCUGAUCGCCAACAUAGUCAUCUUCAUUGGCGUCAAUGUCGCCGGUCUGGUGGUGAACAUCAUGAUGGAGCGCGCCCAGCGACGCACUUUCCUCGAUACGCGCAACUGCAUCGCCUCGCGGCUGGAGAUCCAGGAUGAGAACGAGAAGCUGGAGCGUCUGUUGCUGUCGGUGCUGCCGCAGCACGUGGCCAUGCAGAUGAAGAACGACAUCCUGUCUCCGGUGGCCGGCCAGUUCCACCGCAUCUACAUCCAGAAGCACGAGAACGUCAGCAUCCUGUUCGCGGACAUCGUCGGCUUCACGGUCCUCUCCUCGCAGUGUAGCGCCCAGGAGCUGGUCCGCCUGCUCAACGAGCUCUUUGGACGCUUCGACCAGCUGGCCCACGACAACCACUGUUUGCGUAUAAAAAUCCUGGGAGACUGUUAUUAUUGUGUUUCUGGAUUACCCGAACCGCGAAAGGAUCACGCCAAAUGCGCUGUGGAAAUGGGACUCGAUAUGAUCGACGCCAUUGCCACCGUGGUGGAGGCCACCGACGUCAUCCUGAACAUGCGCGUGGGCAUCCACACGGGCCGGGUGUUGUGCGGUGUGCUGGGCCUCCGCAAGUGGCAGUUCGACGUGUGGUCGAACGAUGUGACCCUGGCCAACCACAUGGAGUCGGGCGGGGAGCCCGGCCGGGUGCACGUCACCCGCGCCACCCUGGACUCCCUCUCCGGCGAAUACGAGGUGGAGGCUGGCCACGGCGACGAACGCUCCUCGUAUCUGCGCGACCACGGCGUGGAUACGUUCUUCAUCGUGCCGCCGCCACAUCGCCGCAAGCCACUGAUGCUCAACACGCUGGGCGUGCGAUCGGCGAUCGGCAGUCGACGGAAGCUCUCGUUCCGGAAUGUGUCCAAUGUGGUCAUGCAGCUGCUGCACACGAUCAAGUUCUCCGAGCCCGUGCCGUUCUCCAACAUAGCCACCGGAUCGUUUCCAUCGGCGGCCAGCGCCCUUGGCGGCGGCGUCGGGGGCGGAGUGGGGCCCGGUGGGGGCGUGGCACGGGGAAGCACCUGCGAGGCGAACGCUGGCAGUGUUCAGGUGUCCGAGAAGGGAUCGCGCAAGGUGAUACGUCUGCAAAAGAUCUUGCAUGCAACACCGCCACCGCAUGGCAUGAACUAUGGCAGCGUCGUCGGAAGUGGCGGCGGCGGCGGUGGUGGUGGCGGUGGUGACGGUAAUGGCGGUGGCGGUGUUUCCGGUGGCGGUGGCGGCAUUUCCGGCAUUGCCGGUGCCGCAAGUGGGGGCAGUGUUCAAGUGACCGUAGGCACAAAUCCCAACUCUACAGCGAGUACGAUUAGUCGCAUUCAUAGGCACAAUCACAAGAACAAUAAAUCGCAGUCGAAGGUGGCGGACAAGUUUAAGCGGCCGUUCCGGAAGCGGCACUCGGUGGCCGCCCAUCAUCAGCCCACCAACCGGGUGAACAGAUUCCUCUCGCAGGCGAUCAACGCCCGGUCGGUGGACUGCGACAAGUCGGAGCAUGUGGACCGGCUGACCCUGCGCUUCCGGCAGAGCGACAUGGAGCGGGAAUACCACAAGGACUUCGACCUGGGCUUCACCACGGCAAUGGGCUGCUCCCUGCUGCUGCUCAUCCUGGGGGCGGCCCUCCAGGUGACCGCCCUGCCGCGCACCCUCAUCCUCCUGCUGCUCUUCCUCACCGCCUUCAUCUGGGUGAGCGCCAUCCUGAUGCUCCUGCUCGCCGUGCGCCUCAAGUGGAUCAUCUGGGACAUCUCGGAGAGCUUCUCGCUGCGCAUGGCCAUCACGAUUUUCACCGUCAUUCUCAUCUACUCCGUGGGACAAGUGAAUGUGUUCACGUGCGUCUCGGACCAUCCCUGCUCGGGCAAUGGGACGGCCUCCUACCAGAGCGACUCCCAUCGCAAGUGCUCGCUGCCCCAGUACGUGUCCCUGUCGGCUGCCUUUGCCUUCCUAUCCGUGUCCGUGUUCCUUAGGCUGCCCAUAAUAUUCAAAUCGCUGCUGGUGCUCGGCAUGGGAACCAUCUACGGAUUGUUCAUAGAACUGUCCCAUCAGAACAUCUUCGAGUGCUACGACAACCGGGUCAACGCCUCGAUUCCACUUCACUUGAUCUCGCUGGCCCGCAUCGCCAUCUUCAUGAUUGCCAUUCUGGUGCACGGACGCCUGGUGGAGGGCACUGCCCGCCUGGACUUCCUCUGGCAGCUGCAGGCCUCCCAGGAGAAGAAGGAGAUGGACGUGCUGCAGGAGUCCAACAAGCGUAUUCUGCACAAUUUGCUGCCCGCUCAUGUGGCUGCACAUUUCCUCGAUGCACAAUUCCGCAACAAUAUGGAGCUCUACCAUCAGAGCUAUGCCAAGGUGGGCGUCAUCUUCGCCAGCGUGCCAAACUUCAAUGAGUUCUACACGGAGAUGGAUGGCUCCGAUCAGGGCCUCGAGUGCCUCCGGCUGCUGAACGAGAUCAUCGCGGACUUUGACGAGCUGCUCAAGGAGGACCGCUUCCGGGGCAUCGACAAGAUCAAGACCGUGGGCAGCACCUAUAUGGCCGUCGUGGGCCUCAUUCCCGAGUACAAGAUCCAGCCCAAUGAUCCCAAUUCGGUGCGUCGCCACAUGACUGCGCUCAUCGAAUAUGUCAAGGCCAUGCGGCACUCGCUGCAGGAGAUCAACAGCCACUCGUACAACAACUUUAUGCUGCGCGUGGGUAUCAACAUUGGGCCCGUUGUGGCGGGCGUAAUCGGAGCCCGGAAGCCGCAGUACGACAUCUGGGGCAACACGGUGAACGUGGCCAGCCGCAUGGACUCCACCGGAGUGCCUGGCUACUCGCAGGUGACCCAGGAGGUGGUCGACAGUCUGGUGGGCUCGCACUUUGAGUUCCGAUGUCGCGGCACCAUCAAGGUGAAGGGCAAGGGCGACAUGGUGACCUAUUUCUUGUGCGACAGUGGCAACAAGUCGCUCAACGGCGAGGUGCGCAACGCCAUGUCCCUGCCGCAGAGUCUCCAUGCGCCGGACUACUACAUGAAGGUGUCGCAGUUCCCGGAGAACCGCGUCAACACCGACACCUACAGUAAGAAGGAGAAUGGCCAUCUGUACGCCACUGGCACCGGUGGCGAGGAGCAGCAGCUACUGCUGCAGCACCAGCACAAACAACACGAUCCGUUGCCGCUCCCGGCGCCCCCGCCACCGGUGGUGCACCACCAUCUGCAUCAGCAGCAGCAGCAACGCUUGAACAGCAAACUCCAGAAGCAGCCGAUCUUCAUGGCCAACGGUGGACUGCCCAAUAUUCGGGAGAAUGGCAAUGGCCACAAUGGCCACAAUGGUCACAAUGGACACAAUGGACACAAUGGACACAAUGGCGAUCAGCAGCAGCAGCAGCAACAGCAGCAGCAGCAGCAUGGUGGCUUCACAACGACACCGACGGCUGCAGUGGCGGUUCCCCUCCAGCAAAUCCAGCCCCAGCACCACCAACUCCAGUUCCAGAGCCACAACCAGCAUCAGCACCCCGUUCCAGUGCAGCACCAGAUCCUACUCCACCACCAGCUCCAGCUCCAGCAUCAGCAACAGCAACAGCAUCUGCACCAGCCCGUUCCUACUUCGGUAAUGUUGCGCGAGUUUAAUAUCAUUGAAAAUCCGACUCCCGGUGGCCGGCAUCCGAAGAUGGAGCAGCUGCCGCCGCAUCAUGGCAGCCUCGACCUAACCGGGAUGGGAAUGGGAAUGGGCAUGGGAAUAGGCAUGGGCAUGGGCACAGGCACGGGCAUGGGAAUGGGUGUGGGUGUGGGUGUCGGGGCUGGCGUGCUCGGCGGCGGCGACUGCUUCAUGAUGCCACGGCGAGAUCGAGAUCGAGAUCGCACCUAUGCGCUGCCCUUAAACCAGCAUGGCCAUUAUCCACCACCGCAUCACCUCCAUUCGAAUCUGAAUUUGAAUCAUAAUCAGAAUCAGAAUCAGAAUCAGAGCCAGAUUCAAAGCCAGAAUCAGAUCCAGAACCAGCACCCGCCAUCGUUCACCAGCCUGGGCUAUGGCCACUGCCGGGAGAGCGAGCCGCUAUUGCAUGCCAGCAGCGUCGCACCGGUAGCCAAGAUCAUGCCCAUGCAGCAUGCGCCAAAGUACGAGCCACCACGUUACACUUCUCCCCACACCGUGUUGUCGCACCAGCAGCAGCAGCAGCAGCAGCAUCAGCAGCAUCAGCAGCAGCAUCAUCCUGUCCAGGAUCAGCAGCAACAGGCACAUCCCGCCCAGCAGUACGCCAUGUAUUCGCAGCAGCCGCAGCUGCCGCCGAAACCGGCGCUGAGGACGUACAUGAAGCCGCUGCCGAAGCUGCCGGCCGCCGAUCUGGAGGAGAGCAGGGACAUGUCCUCGACGGACGACCUCAGCUCGCGCCCGCACUCGCCCUCGAUGAGCAGCUCGGAUGAGAGCUACUCGAAGACCACCGAGGGCGAGGGCGAAGGCGACGAGGAUUCGCCGCGCAUCCUCAAUGGCGGCGGCCAUCAGCUGCACCGCAAUGGUUACCACUUGCCCUCCGGUCUGGUCAAUCCGCUGCAGUGGCUCUAUCCCUGCGACAUCCAGGUGGAUCCCACCUCGCCGGUCGUCGACAUGGCCGCCCAGCUGACCAGCCACGACUUCGAGCUGAGCUCCACCACCGAGAGCCAGGGUCAGCACACCACCAGCAACACCACGAGCAACACGCAGCACAAGGGCGACAGCUGCAACAGCUUUGACUAUCAAACGGCAGCCGCCGCCGGAACGGGCGUUAGCGUGGGCGUGGCCGUGCCCAUUGCCACCAAGUCGCCCUUUGAGCGGGAACUGCAGCGCCUGCUCAACGAAUCGUCGAGAGCCCGUUGUUUGGCGACCACGACGGGAACGGCAACGGCAACGGCGACGGCCAUCUCCACCACGGAUCACACGGCCAGCAAUGGCAGCCGGGAGAUGAGCUACUCCCUCAGCAAUGGCAAGCUCAGCUCCGCCAAUGGUCAUGGAUCCGGGUCGGGAUCGGGUUCGGGUUCGGGCUCAGGAUCGGCGGCGGGCAACGGCUGCGGCGGCAGCGGCAGCAGCAAUGGCAAUCUCAGCGGCGGCAGCGGCAGCAAUUCGAACAGUGGCAACAACAACAGCAGUCACCACAAGGCGGACCAACAGCAGCAACAAGUGGACCACGAGCUGCUCCAUGCCGGUGGCAAGCUGCCGGGCAGCAACAGCUUCAUGAUCGCCAAACACCCGGUGGGCUUGGAGGCCAUCAAGGAGAUAACGCGCAACAAGAAUCCAUCGGAGUCAAGCCAAAUGCAAACCUCGGACACGGAAUCCUGCGAGAUCCUGCACGAGAAUCGCAGCCAGAUGCAUGUGCUGGCCAUGCUGGACAUGCACCCGUCGAAGGAGCUGAACGGCAGCCAUGUGCACCAUGUGCAGCAUCCGCAUCCGCAGCAGCAGCAUCAACAUCAACAUCCACAGCAGAGGGCGCAUCGCCAGCGACCGCGCUCCAAGGAGCUGCAGUACAGCCACGAGAGCCUGGACGGACUGGAUGGAGCGGUGCAGCCGCAGUCGCAGCAGCGCCACCAACGCUACCACCACCACCACCACCACCAUCACCACCAGCAUCACCAACAGAGGCAGUUGCAGCAGCAGCAGCAGCAGCAACAACAGCAGCGCUACAACCAUGUGCAGGAGCAGGAGGAGCGUGACGACACCGAGGACAACCUGGCCGACGAGGAGUUUGAGGAUGAUGAGGUGGGACACGAUGUGCGGCAGAGGCGCCUUCAGAAGCCGGACCUCAGUCACAAACGGACGGAGGCUGGAGCAGAUGCGCAGCAUGAGGAGGAUGAGGACGACGAUGAUGAUCAGGAUGAGGAGGAGGAGGAGGAGGACAACCACCGGGACGGAGGGCACAGAGAAGCUGCGCCGCUAACGAAUGGCAGCAUGCGCGGCUUGGAGGCCAAUGUGAUAAAUGACGAGCUAAAGUACGGAGCGGCCCAUCUCAACCACCAGUCCAUGGACUCCAAUCCCUUGGAGAGCCAGUCGGAGUGGUCGGACGAUGAUUGCCGUGAGGAAGCCACAGGUGGAGCCGAGUCCACGGGCUAUAUCACCGAUGAGCCCGGACUGGAGAACAUCUCGCUGCUGAACGAAGCCGGCCUCACCGAUGCCGAGGGCGCUCUCUCGGACGUUAACUCGCUGUAUAACGCGCCGGACGUGGACGACACCUCGGUGUCCAGCCGGGCCAGCUCCCGCCUGCUCAGCCUGGACUCGCUGAGCGGCCUCUACGACUGCGACCUGGACUCCAAGCAUGAGCUGGCCAUUGUCAAUGCCUCGCACAAGAUCUCCAGCAAAUUUGGACAGCCUCCCUCGCCGGCACAGCAUCAGCAGCAAAAUCAGCAGCAGCAGCAACAUCAGCAGCAGCAGCAGCAGCAUCAGCAGUCUCAAUCACAAAUACAAACCCAAUCGCAUUUGGCAUCGAUACAGGUUCAAUCAGCCGAGGAGCUGAGAGAGUAAAGAUUGAAAGCUUAUGCAAAAAGAGGGAGCGUUAAACACUCAAACGUUGUUAUUGCUAUAUGCAAAUGGUGUCUAAUAAUUUACAAAAAACCAACCUAAACUAAAGUAAACUAAAUCUAGAAUAGGUGACAGAUAUAUAUAUAUAUAGAUAUAUAUAGAUAUAUAUUUAUAUAUAUGCAAUGAAGCAGAGGCACUUAAAGCUGCUCUAUGGCACCCCUAGAUGUAAGCCCGUUCGCUUAACUGUGGCUAAAUCGUGCCCAGUAAACAUUAACUCAUAUAUACCUAUAUAAAAUAUAGUUUAUGCAAGAAAAUCUAUAUAUGUAUUGAGAGUAAAUACGUAGUCAUUGGUUACUUGUCGCCAAUUGGCAAGUUAUGCGUUCCAGUUACUAUACCGCACGAAGAAAAAAAAAAUCGAAAUUAAAAUUGAUAUUUAGCCGCAACUUGAGAUACCCAAUGCUAAUCCAUGAAUUCGUCAUUUAGUGCGCUUAGUCCUCCUAAGGACUUAUUUGCGGCAGGGCAACGCAGCUAGACGUCCCCUGUCCAGUCCCUUAAGUUAUUAAUGUACGAAUAUAUAUGUGUAUAUGUGUCAUUUUGAUAAUCGAAUAAGCAAAGAUUUGGCCAUUCAUACGAAGCCACAACCAAUGCAUGACAAGUUGUAAAUAAAACAAAUGUUAUAAAUAUUUUUCCGAUAUUAUUGUAAGGCUAAAUUGCCCAUAGACUGCGCCACCAUGAAUUCGAAUUUUGAAUUGAAAUCGAAACCGAAACCGAAAAAUCUCAUCGAUUGAGACCAAGUAAUUCGGAUAAUCAUAUUAAAGUCCCACGUGAACAAUACGUAACCUCUUCAUUUGUUCGUUUCUUUAUAUUUUUUUUUGGUUUUGUCGACCUCCGCGCCAAGCGUCUUUGACUUUCUACGUUGCCUACUCUUGGGCUCAACCACAAACUGGCUUAUACUUAGCUUUUGUAUUCCAAAUAUGAUGUUGCGAAUUUUUAGUUUAAGUUCCAGAGUGCUAGACGGAGUGACUUAAAGUGUACUCCACCUCUGUUGGCUGCUGCACAAUUGUCAAAUUUCAUUUGCUAUGCUACUUCAGUGCAUUCGUCUGUAAGAUCUGUAUAUAGAAUAUUCGAGAUGAUAGAAUAAAUCAUAUGAACAUGAUUUACAAUUAAUAGGUAUUUAAGAUGCAGAGACAAAAAUAUUCUUGAUAUUGUUGCCCCAACCCCAAUAACGGAAACCGAAACCAAACAACACCAAGCAAAAAAAAAAACUGAAACUGAAAUCUAUUACAUCUGUGCAAAUGAUAAAUAAGAAAAUGUAAACAAACAAAUCCAUAUUUUGUGUGUAAAAUUUAUAAAGUCGCCGUGGGAGCGCCAAAUAUUAUUAAUUAAACAAACAAACUACACGAAAGCAACAAGAUUAACGAUAAAAACAACAACAACCACAGCUACUGCAAGAACUGCAAACAGCCCACAGAUAAACUUCUUAUGCAAAUAUAAACACUAAUAGCGCAGAUCUGUAUACAUCAAAUAUAUAUGUACAUAUAAAUGAAACUGAGAACAAGCUGGAAUAAAUAUCUAUAUAUAUAUAUACACAUUCAUAUGAUUGUACACAGAGGCAGACAGGAAAUUGGACCUAAAGAACGGUGUGCAAGUAUAUUUAUUUUUCUGUACUAAAAAAAGUAAAUGGUAAUGAAUUAAAUAUUAUAUGCAAUGACAGCCAUCUGUCUAUAUCUACACAAAAUAAUGGUGGGUAGGGCCUUAUAAAAAGAGCAUACAAGUUCUGAAGGCAGAUUGCGGACUCAUUUUGAAUUUUUAAAUGCAAUUGUAAAGUUGACAGAAUUGCAUAAUCAGGACUGUUCCGAAUUCCGAGCGCAAGUUAAAUAGAAAACUUGUUUAAAUUUUUCUUUUAGUUUGCCCCUUUUCUUAUGAUUAACUAGCAUAAAAUAAAUCUAUUAAAGGUACUUAUUUUUUCACUUAUCCAUUCCUUCACUCUCGCUAAAAUGCUUGAGAUAAGGACGAACUGAUUAUAUUAUGUAAUUUGUAUCAACUUGUAUUUAACAAAAAUACAGGUAAAAUUUACAAGCUAAGUUAUUACGCAAUGUUCCGAAUUAAUGGAUAUAUUUUUGUUUGAAUUGAGAAUUUUUAAGCCCGAUAAAAAGCGGCAAAUUGAUUGGUUGAUUCCUUAAAAAGUAAAAAUUGGAACAGUUUAGAGAAAUUCUCAUCCGUACGUUUCUUUUAUAUGGAAAGUGGAACAGGCCUGUUUGUAUAAGAAAAACCCUACUAGAAAUACAUAAAAUGUCAGCAUAUCAAAUAUGUCGA